AUGGAGGACAAGGCCACAGAUGGAAGCAUCUACUGCUUCCUGGAGGUCGAGAUCAGUGGCGUGAAUAUUGGGCGCAUGAUAUUCAAGCUCUAUGAUAACAUUUGCCCCAAGACUGCAGAGAAUUUUCGGUGCCUGUGCAAUGGUGAACGAGGGACUGGCCUCAUCACUAAGAUGCCCUUGAACAUUCAGGGUUCCAAGUUCCACAGAGUCAUACCCGGUUUCAUGGCACAGGGCGGUGACUUUGAGCUGGGCGAUGGCCGUGGUGGGGAGUCCAUUUAUGGCGGCAAAUUCAACGACGAGGCAGGUGGACUUGCCCUGCGCCAUGCCAAGAGGGGUCUUCUGAGCAUGGCCAACAGUGGUCGAGACACCAAUGGUUCGCAAUUCUUCAUUCUCUUCAAACCUGCGCAUCAUUUAAAUGGAAAACAUUGUGUCUUUGGGGAGCUUGUGGAGGGGCAAGCAACGCUGGACGCUAUCGAAGGUGUGAAGACCACAUCAGAUGACAAACCUAUCGCACCAAUCACCAUUGCGAGAUGCGGUCAGGUAGAAAGAAGAGUGAUUGGCGUUCGGCCAGUAAAGCGAAAGAAGGUCAAAGAAGUGAACUCAAGCUCAGACUCAUCUUCAAGUGAGAAGAAAAAGAAGAAAACAAAGAAAAAGGACAAGAAAAACAAGAAGAAGGACUAA